AUGGCCAACUACAUGCAGCAGGCGUUCAUGAACGCACGCGUCUACACGCUCCUGGCCCUCUCGGUGACGCUAUACCACACGCUGACAACGUGGGUCUCCAUCCCGCAGAUCAACAACACGUGCAUAAGGGUCAUCCUGCCGUGCAUCUGGGUCUUCUCGCUCGUCGUCAACCUUCCGUUUGCCAUAUAUUUCAAUAUUAACGAGAAGCAGGCUUGCUCGGAGAAGUGGUCGUCAGAGAAACUUGGGAAGAUCUACUUCGUUUCCGCCCAACUCUUCAUGUGCUAUUUCUUCCCCUUGGUCAUCAUGUCCAUUUGCUACGGGAGGAUCCGGCGCUUCUUGCCCAAAGUCAAACACGACAGUGUCCGUUCGCGAUGCCCGUGCGGCAUAAGACGCGGCUGGGGUAGGAAUGGUUCGGAGCGGAUGAUACAUGUGCAUUGGGUCAAGAUUCUCCGAGUGAUGAUCGUCGUCUUUUUCCUCUCCUGGCUUCCACUCCUCAGUUUCGCCGUCCUGGUGAAGUUCGUCGAGCAGGACGUCUUCGACGGCAAGAUCGACCUGCUCGACCACAUCCGACCGCUGCCUCGAUGGUUGGCCGACACGACCAGCUACGUCAAUCCUAUCAUUUAUGCCUAUUUCAAGCGAAACUUCCGCGAGGGUUACAUUAUCAUCAUCCUCGAGGAGUGUUUCAAAGGGAAGAGCUUCUUCGGACCGCUGAAACUCGACAUCGAGAGACGGCCCAACAACCAACAUCGGUUCCUGAGCCGUUAUAACACCAGCGUUCGCAACGGAUUGAUGCCGUCGGAGUCACUGACUAUCCCUCCGGAGCCUCCCAAGCGCGACUGCCGUCCCGAGAAGGACUGUUACUCGUCACCCGGUUUCCUAGUGGUAAAGGUGUCGGCGUUAGUGAAUGAACCAGCUGGCCACAAGGCAAUGGAGGCACAGUGA